UGUAUGUCGUUCCGUAGGUAUUGACCGGACUCCACCGAGAGGCGUGCCUGCCACCUCGGUGUGGACCCGCUCUAUCACGUGAUCACACGUCAGUCCUGGUCACGACAGGGUCGCGGUUUGCGACGCCUUGUUCAAUUUCGCCAACCUGUCAACCAAGAUUUUGCCCCAACACAAGCGACCAUGGCGUCCCGAACGAGAUCACUCUCUCGCGACCGCUACCGCGACCGUUCUCGAUCAUUGACGCCACUGUCAGACCGAUCUCGCUCCCCAGUCCGUCGCCAAACGUACGAUUCACGAUCGCCGUCGCGUUCUAGGUCUCCCACACCGCGACGAAAUGGCAGACCCAGAAGCGGAAGCCGCAGUCGGAGCCGCGGAAGGAGCACCAGUCCUGCCAUCAGAAGCACCAAGGUUGUUGUCGAGCGACUGACGAAGAACAUCAAUGAAGCCCAUUUGGAGGAGAUCUUUGGCCAAUUUGGACACAUCAAGGAUCUUGACCUGCCCAUUAAUAGAACACACGGCACCAACCGCGGUACUGCUUACAUCCUUUACGAUACCGAGGCCGAUGCUGAGGAUGCUAUCGCACACAUGCAUGAGGCACAGCUUGAUGGCGCGGUGAUCAACGUCUCCAUCGUUCUCCCCCGGCGCAAGAUGUCUCCAGCACCUCCUGCUGCUCGACGUGGCGGAGGCUCCGAUGCCAGAGGCGGUCGAGGGGGAAGAGCCCAGAGCGGAUUCCACGGCGGCGGUGGAGGCGGACCCGGUCCAUUCGGUCAGAACGGUCCCCGACGGGGUGCAUCGCCAUCUCAGGCUCGCUUCGGCCCCAGAUCAGACACCUACCGGCCUCGUUCGCUCUCGCGCUCCCCAAGCCGAUCUCCUAUCGAUGCUCCUCCGUCUAGAGGCGGCGGUGGAAGCAGAUACCGAAGCCGUUCGAGAUCAUACUCUCGAUCCCCAUCACCACCCCCGAGACGUGGAGGAGGUGGUCGCGGUAACGACCGCAACCGCCGGAGAAGAAGCCCGAGUCGAGAUAGUUACGAUAGCUACGACAGUCGUCGAUCCCGCCGUGGACAUAGAUGAGCCAAUUUUGGAGCACCACUGGGCGGGAUGGGUUUGGUUUGUGAUCUUUCUUUCAGGCGUUAUGAGAAACGAGGAAAAGCCGGCUGGGAUACCCUAUGGCAGGCAGGCGGCGGGCGUGGGCAUUUCGUCAACCCGUAAGACCUGAUAAUGCCUGCAUGUAUACUCAGCUAAUAAUGCGUAGACGAAUGCUUUGAUUGCUGGGUCUUGACACAUGUUUUCCACCCUACCUUGACUGGUGACUCGAUGCCGCGAAUCUGCCUUGCGAUGCGGACAUCGUUGUGAGUUUUUGACAUUCUCGGCUUGCAAAACUACACAACACCUGAUCACUAAUCGAAGA